AUGGCCUCACAUCGCGAAGUCGUAAUAAACGAUGACGAGCCGACAUCCCCACGAGCAUUCAUUGAGCUGAUGGCCCUGGAGAGACUCGAAGACACCACACUCUCGCACCCAGACACACCAGAGCCAGAAAAAAUCCAGCGCUUCCGCUCACUAGCAAAACCAUACAACCCGGGCCACGGAUCGCGCGCAUUCGGCGGACAUGUCUACGCGCAAUCCGCAUACGCAGCGUCCAAGACCGUCGCCAAAGGCUUCGUAAUCCACGACAUGACAGGCUCAUUCAUCCGAGGCGGAAAACCUUACACGCCAUACGUGUACACAGUGCGACACAUCCGCGACGGAUUCAUGUACAGCACGCGGUCCGUCGACGCGCGACAAGCAGGCAAGAUCUGCUUCUCAUGCAUCUGCUCCUUCAAGCGCGACGAGAAGCAGCGUCUCUUCGAGCACCAGCCUGCAUCAGCGCAGAAACGCUUCGCCUCGAUUCUCUCCGCAAGACGACCGGAAGAGCAGCCCGUCAGUCCGAGCGUGGAUGCGGAAUGGUGGAUUGAGAAUAUCCGUCAGGGGAAUAUCCCCGAACACACCUUCCCCGGUCUGGAUGUGCGGAAGACCGAUAUGAUGGGUUAUAAUAGCACGCAGGACGUUAAGAGUCAUCCGGAGAAAUAUCGCCAGCUGACGCAGUACCGGCUUCUUGGGUCGCCGGAUGAGGACCCUAAGGCGACGUUGGAGCAGAUUCGGGAGAGGGAGGAGGCGGGGGAAUAUGAUAAUUUGUAUGCGUGUGCGCAUAUGUAUUCCAGUGAUAAGAAUUCGCUGCUUUUGAUCCCGCGGGCGUUGGGGAUCGGUCAUUGGUCUGAUAUGGCGAGUCUUACGCUUACGGUUGUUGUUCAUCAUCAUGCUGAGGCUUUGCGGAUGAUUGACUGGGAGAGUGUUCGUGAUGGUGGUGUUGGGGUCGAUGGGGAUCUGCCUAUGAAGUGGUUUGUCCAAGAGGGUUGGACUCCGAGGGCUGCGGAGAAUCGGGCGAUGCAUGAGAGUUAUCUUUGGAGUCCUGAUGGGACUUUGUUGGGGACUUCCUUCCAGGAUAGUAUGUUCCGGUUGAAGAAGGCGAAGUUGUGA